CCUCCAUAGCCAAAACCUUCAGAGAAAGACCUAAUUCCCAAUUCAACAUUUCCAAUCUUUCUUCAUUUCCAAUCGAAGAUGCCUGCUUACCCAGAAGAGCCACUGCUCGCUCCCAACCCCGAUAGGUUCUGCAUGUUCCCAAUUCAGUACCCGGAGAUUUGGGAGAUGUACAAGAAGGCCGAGGCCUCGUUCUGGACGGCGGAGGAGGUGGAUCUCUCCCAAGACAAUACCCAAUGGGAGAACAUGACCCCCGAUGAGAAGCACUUCAUUUCCCAUGUUCUUGCUUUCUUUGCCGCCUCAGACGGCAUCGUUUUGGAGAAUCUCGCCGGAAGGUUCAUGAAGGAGAUUCAAGUCGCGGAGGCGCGUGCCUUUUAUGGGUUCCAGAUCGCUAUUGAGAAUAUUCACUCUGAGAUGUACAGUCUCUUGUUGGAGACUUACAUUAAAGACCCGGCCGAGAAGAACCGCCUCUUUCACGCCAUCGAGACCAUUCCUUGUGUGGCCAAGAAGGCUCAGUGGGCCAUGAGGUGGAUCGACGGCUCAGAAUCUUUCGCGGAGCGGUUGAUCGCGUUCGCCUGCGUCGAGGGGAUCUUCUUCUCCGGAAGUUUCUGCGCGAUAUUUUGGCUAAAGAAACGCGGGUUGAUGCCGGGUCUCACGUUCUCUAACGAGUUGAUAUCGCGAGAUGAAGGGUUACACUGCGAUUUCGCGUGUUUGCUUUACACGCUUCUGAAGAAGAAGCUGAGCGAGGAGCGAGUCAGGGGAAUCAUCCGCGAUGCCGUUGAUAUCGAGAGGGAGUUCGUCUGUGAUGCUCUGCCUUGUGCGUUGGUGGGUAUGAACGGUGAUCUUAUGUGCAAGUAUAUCGAGUUCGUGGCUGAUCGAUUGAUGGAUGCGUUGGGUUACGCCAAGAUCUACAAUGCCCAGAACCCCUUUGAUUGGAUGGAGCUGAUAUCGUUGCAGGGUAAGACCAACUUCUUUGAGAAGAGGGUUGGAGAGUACCAAAAGGCCUCUGUGAUGUACAGCAUCAAUGGCGAUGGCGGUAACCAUGUGUUCAAGCUCGACGAGGAUUUCUGAUCUGGGUUUAUGCUGCUGAUGAUGAUCAUUAUAUCUAAUUUGUAAUCCGUUUGUGAAAUAUGUGUUAAUUUUUUAGUUUAGUGUUUCAAAUUUUAUCAUAUAUAUUACUAUCUUUUUUUUCGGUACUUGUUGCUUUGAGAUAUUUAAGGGAAAAAAAAAGGAAAUAAAAUCAGUGUUAUCUUCUUUGGUUU